GAGAGCCCGGCUGUGAGCGCGGGGGGGCGGCUGGGGCCGGGCAGCAGAGCCGGUGCGUCCGGGCGGCGGCGGGGAGCCGUGCGGGGCCCGGGCCGGGGCCGGCAGGCAGAGCGGCGGCGGCGGGCGGCGCGGCAGGAAGGAUGGGCGAGCGUUGUUGUGCGGCGGUGGUGCGGGUGCUGGUGCUGCAGGCGGCCUGGGCGCUGUCGGGCGGGCAGGUGCGCUACUCGGUGCCGGAGGAAGCCAAGGCCGGCACGGUGGUGGGCCGUCUGGCGCAGGACCUGGGCCUGGAGGCGGGCGAGGCGGAGGCGCGGCGGCUGCGGCUGGUGGCGCCGGGCCGGCGGGCGAGCGUGGAGGUGAGCGGGGCGAGCGGCGCGCUGGUGGUGAGCUCGCGGCUGGACCGGGAGGAGCUGUGCGGCAAGAGCGCGCCGUGCGCGCUGCGCCUGGAGGUGCUGCUGGAGCGGCCGCUGCGCGUCUUCCAUGUGCAGCUGGAGGUCACCGACAUCAACGACAACGCCCCCGUCUUCCCUGCCGCCCGGAAAAACCUCAGCAUCGCGGAAUCGUCUUUGCUCGGGUCUCGUUUCCCGCUGGAGGGCGCGUCGGAUGCGGAUAUCGGAGCGAACGCGCAGCUGACCUACACUCUCAGCCCCAGCGAGCAUUUCUCUCUGGAUUUGCACCGGAGUGAGGAAUACCGAGAAUCCCUGUUUCUGGUACUCACGAAAUCUCUGGACCGCGAGACGAUUCCCGUGCACCGGUUGGUGCUGAUAGCGACUGACGGGGGCCGGCCGUCUCUGACAGGGACGAUGGAGCUGGUGAUCUCGGUCGAGGAUGCCAACGACAACGCUCCUCAAUUCAACCAGUCUGUGUAUAAAGUGCAGCUGCCAGAGAGUGCUGCGGUGGGUACGCUGGUGGCAAGAGUGAAUGCCACCGAUCCUGAUUUGGGAAGUAAUGGAGAAGUGACAUUUAGUGUGAGCAAUACUUUUCCUGAAAUGGGGAUGAAAAAUUUCGUUUUAAAUGCGAGGACGGGUGAAAUUAAUCUGGCGGACUCCGUGGACUAUGAGGAAGUUCGUUUAUAUGAGAUACAAAUCGAAGCGAGGGAUAAGGGCACACCCUCUCUGUCGGGUCACUGCAAGGUGGUGCUGGAGGUGGUGGACGUGAACGACAACGCGCCGGAGGUGUGGGUGACGUCGCUGUCGGUGCCGGUGCCCGAGGACGCGUCGUUGGGGACGGUGGUGGCCCUGCUGAGCGUGUCGGACCGGGACUCGGGGGAGAACGGUCGCGUGCGGUGCUGGGUGUGGCCGGCGUCGCCGUUCGGUCUGGAGGCGACGUUCGCGGGCUCGUACUCGCUGGUGCUGCGCGAGGCGCUGGACCGGGAGCGGGUGUCGGAGUACGAGGUGGAGGUGCGUGCGGAGGACGGCGGGGCGCCGGCGCUGCGCGCCAGCCGCGGGCUGCGGGUGCCGGUGUCGGACGUGAACGACAACGCGCCCUUGUUCGCGCAGGCCGUGUACACGGUGCUGGCGCGGGAGAACAACGCGGCGGGCGCGGAGCUGGCGCGGCUGUGGGCGCGGGACCCGGACGAGGCGGCCAACGGGCGCGUCAGCUACUCGGUGUGGGACGGCGGCGUGGGCGUGGGCGGCGCCGCGGGCUCUUCAUCGUCGGGUGGCAGCGGGUGGCGUCCGGCGUCGAGCUACGUGUCGGUGGACGCGGAGAGCGGGCGGCUGUGGGCGCUGCAGUCCUUGGACUACGAGGAGCUGCAGGUGCUGCAGUUCGAGGUGCGCGCGGUGGACGCGGGGGAGCCGCCGCUGAGCGGCAACGCCACGGUGCAGCUGUUCGUGCUGGACGAGAACGACAACGCGCCGGCGCUGCUGCCGCCCGCGGGCUCGGCAGCGGAGGCGGGCGGCGUGGCGGCGGCGGCGGAGGCGGCUUUGGCGCUGGCGGGGGCGGGCUCGGAGUCGGGCACGCUGUGGGCGUGGGCGGCGUGGGGCGCGCCCGCGGGCCAGGUGGUGGCCAAGAUCCGCGCCGUGGACGCCGACUCGGGCUACAACGCGUGGCUGCGCUACGAGCUGUGGGAGCCGCGGGGCAAGGGCCCGUUCCGCGUGGGGCUCUACAGCGGCGAGGUGAGCACGGCGCGGGCGCUGGACGAGGCGGACGGGCCUCGCCAGAGGCUGCUGAUCGUCGUGCGCGACCACGGCGAGCCGGCGCGCUCGGCCACGGCCACGCUCAGCGUGUCGCUGCUCGAGGCCGCCGAGGCGGCGCUGGCCGCGGGAUCUUCGGCGUCGUCCUCAGUUGUGUCGCGCUCGGCGGCGGGCGUGGAGCUCGGGGCCGGGGCGGCGAGCGCGGCCACCAACGUGUGGCUGGUGGUGGCCAUCUGCGCCGUGUCCAGCCUCUUCCUGCUGGCCGUGGUGCUGUACGCGGCGUCGCGCUGGGCGCCGCGGGCGGCCGUGCUCUCGGGGCCCGGGCCCACGACGCUCGUGUGCGCCAGCGAAGUGGGCAGCUGGUCCUACUCGCAGCGCCACAGCCGCAGCCUGUGCGUGGCGGACGGCGCUGCCAAGAGCGACCUCAUGGUUUUCAGCCCCAACUUCCCUCCGCCGCCGCCCGCUCCUGCAGCCAAGGACACGCAGCCGGAGCCCUCCGCUCUCCUCGACACGGUCAGUGUGGCACUGCUUUGCUCGCCUCUAAUAUCUGCCCCUGUGUUCCUUGUUUCUCUUUUCCCAAACCCUUUCUUUUAUCAGCUCAAGAACGGGUCCGUGUGGGCGGCUCCUUUCCGGUGCGGCGGAGAGCCCGGCUGUGAGCGCGGGGGGGCGGCUGGGGCCGGGCAGCAGAGCCGGUGCGUCCGGGCGGCGGCGGGGAGCCGUGCGGGGCCCGGGCCGGGGCCGGCAGGCAGAGCGGCGGCGGCGGGCGGCGCGGCAGGAAGGAUGGGCGAGCGUUGUUGUGCGGCGGUGGUGCGGGUGCUGGUGCUGCAGGCGGCCUGGGCGCUGUCGGGCGGGCAGGUGCGCUACUCGGUGCCGGAGGAAGCCAAGGCCGGCACGGUGGUGGGCCGUCUGGCGCAGGACCUGGGCCUGGAGGCGGGCGAGGCGGAGGCGCGGCGGCUGCGGCUGGUGGCGCCGGGCCGGCGGGCGAGCGUGGAGGUGAGCGGGGCGAGCGGCGCGCUGGUGGUGAGCUCGCGGCUGGACCGGGAGGAGCUGUGCGGCAAGAGCGCGCCGUGCGCGCUGCGCCUGGAGGUGCUGCUGGAGCGGCCGCUGCGCGUCUUCCAUGUGCAGCUGGAGGUCACCGACAUCAACGACAAUGCCCCCGUCUUCCCCGCCGCCCGGAAAAACCUCAGCAUCGCGGAACUGACGACUCCGCCGGGGUCUCGUUUCCCGCUGGAGGGCGCGUCGGAUGCGGAUAUCGGAGCGAACGCGCAGCUCACCUACACACUCAGCCCCAGCGAUCACUUUAGAAUAGAGGAAGAGAACAGUAAUUCUCGCAGUAAGUCCCUGUUUCUGGUACUCACGAAAUCUCUGGACCGCGAGACGAUUCCCGUGCAUCGGUUGGUGCUGACGGCGACUGACGGGGGCCGGCCGUCUCUGUCGGGGACAAUGGAGCUGGUGAUCUCCGUGCUGGACGUGAACGACAAUGCGCCCCAAUUCAACCAAUCUGUGUAUAACGUAGUUUUGCCCGAAAAUGCAUCAGAGGGGACACUCGUAGCGCGGGUGAAUGCCACGGAUUCCGACACGGGAAUAUAUGGUGAAUUGGUAUAUGUGGUUGAUACUAUUGUUCCCCCCGCAGCAGAUGAUUUAUUCAGCAUCGAUGCAAAUAGUGGAGAGAUCAGACUGACAGGUGCCCUGGACUUCGAGACAGUUACUUUAUACGAACUACACAUUAAAGGGACAGAUAAGGGAACACCCCCGCUGUCGGGUCAUUGCAAGGUGGUACUGGAGGUGCUGGAUGUGAACGACAACGCGCCGGAGGUGUGGGUGACGUCGCUAUCGGUGCCGGUGCCCGAGGACGCGUCGUUGGGGACGGUGGUGGCCCUGCUGAGCGUGUCGGACCGGGACUCGGGGGAGAACGGUCGCGUGCGGUGCUGGGUGUGGCCGGCGUCGCCGUUCGGUCUGGAGGCGACGUUCGCGGGCUCGUACUCGCUGGUGCUGCGCGAGGCGCUGGACCGGGAGCGGGUGUCGGAGUACGAGGUGGAGGUGCGUGCGGAGGACGGCGGGGCGCCGGCGCUGCGCGCCAGCCGCGGGCUGCGGGUGCCGGUGUCGGACGUGAACGACAACGCGCCCUUGUUCGCGCAGGCCGUGUACACGGUGCUGGCGCGGGAGAACAACGCGGCGGGCGCGGAGCUGGCGCGGCUGUGGGCGCGGGACCCGGACGAGGCGGCCAACGGGCGCGUCAGCUACUCGGUGUGGGACGGCGGCGUGGGCGUGGGCGGCGCCGCGGGCUCUUCAUCGUCGGGUGGCAGCGGGUGGCGUCCGGCGUCGAGCUACGUGUCGGUGGACGCGGAGAGCGGGCGUCUGUGGGCGCUGCAGUCCUUGGACUACGAGGAACUGCAGGUGCUGCAGUUCGAGGUGCGCGCGGUGGACGCGGGGGAGCCGCCGCUGCGCGGCAACGCCACGGUGCAGCUGUUCGUGCUGGACGAGAACGACAACGCGCCGGCGCUGCUGCCGCCCGCGGGCUCGGCAGCGGAGGCGGACGGCAUGGCGGCGGAGGCGGCUUUGGCGGGGUCGGGCUCGGAGUCGGGCACGCUGUGGGCGUGGGCGGCGUGGGGCGCGCCCGCGGGCCAGGUGGUGGCCAAGAUCCGCGCCGUGGACGCCGACUCGGGCUACAACGCGUGGCUGCGCUACGAGCUGUGGGAGCCGCGGGGCAAGGGCCCGUUCCGCGUGGGGCUCUACAGCGGCGAGGUGAGCACGGCGCGGGCGCUGGACGAGGCGGACGGGCCUCGCCAGAGGCUGCUGAUCGUCGUGCGCGACCACGGCGAGCCGGCGCGCUCGGCCACGGCCACGCUCAGCGUGUCGCUGCUCGAGGCCGCCGAGGCGGCGCUGGCCGCGGGAUCUUCGGCGUCGUCCUCAGUUGUGUCGCGCUCGGCGGCGGGCGUGGAGCUCGGGGCCGGGGCGGCGAGCGCGGCCACCAACGUGUGGCUGGUGGUGGCCAUCUGCGCCGUGUCCAGCCUCUUCCUGCUGGCCGUGGUGCUGUACGGGGCGUCGCGCUGGGCGCCGCGGGCGGCCGUGCUCUCGGGGCCCGGGCCCACGACGCUCGUGUGCGCCAGCGAAGUGGGCAGCUGGUCCUACUCGCAGCGCCACAGCCGCAGCCUGUGCGUGGCGGACGGCGCUGCCAAGAGCGACCUCAUGGUUUUCAGCCCUAACUUCCCUCCGCCGCCGCCCGCUCCUGCAGCCAAGGACACGCAGCCGGAGCCCUCCGUUCUCCUCGACACGCCAAAACACCCCAACCCGGACUGGCGCUACUCUGCAUCCCUGAGGGCAGGAAUGCAAAGUGCUGUGCAUAUGGAGGAGGCAGGAGUCCUGCGUGGAGGAGCAGCAGGGCCUGACCAGCAGUGGCCAACAGUCUCCAGUGCUACAGCAGAACCUGAGGCGGGAGAGGUGUCCCCCCCAGUGGGAGCUGGUGUGAACAGCAACAGCUGGACCUUUAAAUUCGGACCGGGCAAUUCCAAACAAGGUGGUCCUGGUGAGUUGCCAGACAAAUUCAUUAUCCCAGGAUCUCCUGCAAUCAUCUCCAUCCGGCAGGAGCCACCCAACAGCCAAAUUGACAAAAGUGACUUCAUAACCUUUGGCAAGAAAGAAGAGACCAAGAAAAAGAAGAAAAAGAAGAAGGGGAACAAGACUCAGGAGAAAAAAGAAAAGGGCAACAGCACCACUGAGAACAGUGACCAGUGAGGGAGUUAUACUGAAAAAACCCUCUUAGCCAGUUUUUGUAAUAAUGGCAGAUUUCUCCUAUGUAGCAAAUCCCAACUUCUUCCUAUUGUUAACAAAUUUCCUGUAUGUACAGACUUGAGAAAAUCAGCAGGAAAUUCAGUGUCUGUCUAAAUUGCUUAACAGGUUUUGUCUUAAAAGCUUUAUUAAGUCUGGUGUUAACUCUUUUUCUCCACUCUGGCUUGUUUUCAGAAUCUAAAAAGCAGACACAAGUUUCCUUUCUCCUACGCCGAAAAGGAGAAUCUUCACAGUACAGCCAGUGAGAGGUUGGACUCUGCACUGUGGUUCCUGUGCUCCUGUCUUGAUGACACUUACAGGACAGGUUUAAAAGUUUUAAUGUUGUGCACCCUCUAUCUGAUUGGAAAUAUUUGUGUGCAGAUGUCAGCUAGGUGAUAUGAGAUCAGAUAAUAAAAUGCAAGAAGAGCUGGUAAAUAUGCAACAGAGGAAACACCUAAUGAACACAAAUGUUCAAAGAUGUUCAGGCUGGGGAGAAAAUGUCUGAAAGAGAGAUGAGCAGACUUAUCAAAUCCUGAGAAGUCACUGUGUGGAAAUACUGACUCCUAUACAUGACGUAUUGUACACACUGCUUCAAAUGAAACCUCACAUUUACAGCUCUUUAAGACACCAUAAAUUCUAUCUCUUUACCAAGCAAGCCAUUGGAAAAAUUGUCCCUUAAAGCCCUGCAUUGCCCUGGUAAGGCUAGCCCUCAGAGAGUAACAAGGGCUGGGCUGACAUCCCAGGAAUGUAACUGUGAUGCUGUGUGUCCCUAUUUCCACAUUAUUUUGCACAUUAUGUCUCUGAAAAGGUCAGAGUUUUUCCACGACACUUAUGCAAAAGAGAGAAAAAAAGUAACAUUAACUAUGCUAUUUGUUAUUUGAGAUAUUUAUUUAUAAAGAAAUAUAGCUGUAAAUGUUAAAGAAAUAUGAUGCCCUUUAACCCAAACAGAAGUCAAUCUAGAGCCAUUAUAAAUUACAAUUGCUGCUAUUAAAGUGCUUUAGAAAAAUUGCCUGAAACAUCUGUAUUAUAUCGGCCACUUGCCAAUCACAGCUUUAUUCUGUCGGGUGACUUGGGGGCUGCCUCUUGCAUGUAUUAAUAAAUACAAGAAUAUCUUCUCUUUCUUUUUUUUUUUGCAUUAUUCUGCACUUUGAAUACACCUUUGCAAACAAACUGUCCUAAUAUGAAGAAGCAGAAGCAAACUCCUCACACAGAUGGAUUUACUAACCUGCUAGCUCUGUGCAGUACCUUGGUGUGACCUCCCACACGACCUUUUCUGAUUUUAGUUUUACUUUUCUAUGAGAUUAUGAAUUCCUGACCCUACUAACACUCCUUAUGUAAAAUUCAAGUACUGUAUGUAUGCUGUAUGCUCUUAUAAGAAUCCUGAAAUAUUUAUUCUGUGCUUGUGUAUGUGAAUGUCAAUGCAACUAUUAUUAGAGUGGACUUUAAGCUUUACCGUUGAAUGUAAAUUCAUUAUUUCUUUUUUGUACACUUGUGGAAAAGUGGAGUAGUGUUAAUUUUUUAAGCCACUGUUGAUUAUCAGGUUUUUUUUUGUGUAUGAAACACAAGUAAAAUAUCUUUCUUAAACCAAGCCAUGCAUGCAUUUUGGGAUUUAUUGGUAAGAAUCUGUGAAGCUUAAGUUCUGUGAAUUACUAAACCUAAGGGUAUAAAUGGAGUAUUGAAUGUGGUUGAGGAUGUUGAUUUAAAACCAAUACAUGUAUUUUUAAAUAGAAUAUGGCUGAUGAGGGAAUUCCAAGGAGUUUUCUACAUUAUUGUACAUUCACAGAAUAAAGCUCAAGUGUCGUGUUAAUUGGAACUGUGUAAGAAACUACAUAGCUCUGAAAUUUCCAAAGGCCCUUUAAUCUAGGAUCAAAGAGAACAACUGGAUUUCUUGAGACAUGUCCUGGAUGUUUUAAGUUUCCAAACUGCUGACAGUUCAGAACAGAACAAUUCCUAUUCAUUUUUAAGAACCUGCAGCAAAUCUUAAAACAUCACAGCAAAGCUCUAAUAAAAGAAUUCAUAUCUCAAAGCAUGAACCACCAAUGGCCUCAUGUGGUCUAUUUAGAGUCUUCUUUUGUUACCAGUCUUGUUUUACUGGCAAUAAAAAGGUGCUACUUAAGAAAGAGAAUCCUUGAUUCACUUUUAAAGGCUAGACAAGAGGAAAAAAAACCUUAAGCUUUGGGGAGGGAACCGUUCUUUUAUGCAAAUGUGCUAUGCAAGUACAUUUAGGUGUUUAUUUUUAUUUGGUGACUAAUCCAACAGCUCCCAAAACGUUCAUCAACUGUAGUUACAGUGGUAGCUUAAACACACAGAAGAAUACUGUUGUUAUGUAGUCAUCAUAAAAUAGCUCUCUCAAUACCUCUGGCAAAAAUUCAGUACAAAGAUUUAAUUCUUACAGGAAUCUUCUACACUUGAUUAUUUUUAGAUUUUAAUUGAAUAUUGGUUUUUCUUUUGAGUGCUUGCAUUUUCCCCUAUGCAAGCCAGUCUGACUCAUUCAUUUUUCAUCAGUGGCCAUACACAGCUGGUUUUCCAAGGCUUGCAUCUGUUAAAAUGAACCAAGAGCUUCAGCAUGUCUCAAAUUUGCUGGUUUUAACACAAAAUUACAUUUACCAAUGCUGCCUUUAUUGCAGGUGCUUACUGCAGGGGGACUGUAUUCUUGAGUGCCUGGAGAGACAAAACAAAAUCUGAAGAUAAUCAUUCCAGCAUGAUUAUCAAUGAUGAUAAUCAUUCCAGUCUGGAGAGCUGAUAGAACAGAGAAAAACCUCUCAGAGGAGAGGAGGAGCUCUUGCUGGAAUUGUUUCAAAAUAGGCUGGGUUGCUCUAGGAGGGUAUACAUCCCACACAAUCACUGUGCUGUCUGAAUACUGAAUCAGGCACCUCACCAGAAUUUAUAAAGAUUUUUCCAUAUUUGGACCCUCUGGGACAACUGGAAUGCUGAGAUGUCUACAGUGAAAUUUGGCUGUUUCGUAACUAAUGUACAAAUGAUACCAUUGACAUCCUUGAUUUUGGGUGUCCAGGAGGAGAAACCCUGGCAAGAAAUAUGUUUGGAGGACCAGGGGUAGGUGGGGGCAGGAUCUGCACAUCCCACUCCAGUACUGGGGUUACUGUUCUGACACCACACAACAAUGGAAAUUGAGAACCAGAGAUGGCCAAUAACAGCACAAAUUAAGGAAUAAAAAAAUUCUUUAAUCCUCCUGCUGACAAUGAAAUGAGCACGACAAAAUACACUGCAGAGUUUGCUAACAAGGAAAUUACAGUUUUGGGGCUUUUUACCACUUGAACAAUUUAUGUCUUUCAGAAUCCAUAUAUACCCUCUGUGAGCAUAUUGUCUUUGGAAGUCUGGUUUCUAUGCAUACAAGAUCAGUGAUGAAAACUACUGGGCUUUUAUACCAAUAAACCUGAGCUAUGUUGUAUAUUAAUUACAUCCUGUCAUUAAAAAAAAAAUCUCAUUUUA